GACUAUAGCCAAGAAAGUACCUCCGUUAGGUGGUGCUACAGUACCCAGCUGUCAACUGUCGCAGCGAAGAAGAUGAUGAUUAGUGGCGCGAUGGCGAUGUCAACAUUUUAUUUCUAGGUUUGUUUAGGAACUGCCGACAUGUGGCGCUUAAAUAAAGUUCGCCACAAAGCCGGUGGUCAGAGAAGCAGCUUGGACGAACUCAAGUUACAGAGGCGAGAGCACGAAAAAGUCUUGAGACAAGCUCGGCGUGACAGACAACUGGUAAGCAAGAGACUCCUCCUGAUUGACGACGAGGACCAGCCAGAGAUUGCCAGAGAUUCUGUCUCUGGAGAACAAGAUGUGGUCAGUUUGUUCCAUAAAGUUCGACACAGCGCACCAGGCAGGGAGGUCCUCCUGAAAGCUUUGAGCAAAGCUCUCCGCCACCCAACAGCUCAGCUGACUUUCAUCAAACAGGAGAACAGCGUGCAUGUGCUAGUCGGGCUCCUCACCGGCUCCGAUGCUCAGUGUCGUCUACAGGCUGUUAGGUGUUUUCAUGUGCUCUCUCAUUCACCCAACCCUGUUGUGGCUCUGGCCUGUCUGCCUGCCACGUCCUACCUGCUCACAUACUUGUCUGGCCAGAGCACCAAGUUCACGGAGCUGUGUCUUUACACGCUGGGUAAUUUGUGCCCUGAUAGUGAUGCUGUAACAGAGAAACUCUUAGCCCAGGGAAUUAUACCUGCUCUGGCCACUUGUAUAGAGACCCAGCGACAUAACCUAGCAGUAGUAGAAGCUGCGGCGUUCACACUUUCGCAGCUUCUCCAGGCCAAAGAUGCAGAAGAGAAAAUUAUCCCGGUGGUCCUGGACAGUAGCUUGCCGUCACAUUUAUUAUCGAUGCUGACCCUUGACCCUCAGUUUGGCCUGGCUCCCGCCAUCGAGAGUGCCUGGUGUCUGCACUACCUCACGUGCAGCGCUGUGAACAACAGAGCACUGCUGGCUCAGGACGCUUUGUUGCGAUGUAGUUCACUGUUGGUGUCACUAGGUGGUGCUGUAGUAGAAGGGAAUAAAGGAGGAAUGGAGCUGCUGAUUUGUCCUUUGCUGCGGUGUGUGGGAAACUUUGUGGCGUCUGGCCUGAUUGAAGAACUGAACACACAUGUGGGUGACGCUCAGCUCUUGGUGGCACUGUGCACUUUUCUUCAGACCUACCUCCACACCCAGCCUGCAUUGGCUAGAGAGAGCGCCUGGGUUCUCAACAACCUCACAGCUCACUCCAGUCCAUUCUGUUCAACUUUGCUGACGCUGAACCUGGUUCCUGGACUGGUUCAGCUACUGCCAUUUUCUCAAGGCAUCAACACAAUGGUCCUGAGGGUUUUAGGAAAUGUUGCCCAUAAGAAGAUGGACUUCUGUGCCCAGCUGAGCCAGAGUGGACUGCUGCCCGCACUGUGUGCCACACUUAGAAUGGCUGACUGUGAGAUGGUGAUUCUGAGCCUGGACAUCCUGUUCAUGCUGGUUGCUGAUAGUCCACAGACAGCAGAGGACUUUGCGAGACAAGGUGGGAUUUCACUGCUGGAAACUAUUCAGUACAACAGUAAUGAGGAAUUGCGAAGAAAAGCAACAUACCUACUGGAGCACUACCUCAAGGUCUAGGUGUCCGAUUGCACAAUUAAAAGUUUUUGGACUGUGGUUGCUACUUGGGUGCAGUAUUUCAAAUUUG